UAAGAGAACGUUUAUGGUUGGAGAGCGUAGAGAUUCUAAUGGCGUAUUUUUGUAGGCACUAAUUCCGCCGUGGUUUGUUGGACAAAGGGUAUGGGGAAAAUGAAUGUCGUUUUUGGAUAAAAUGCGAAAAUAAGGGAUGGCUGAACGAACCAAAGGUUCAUGUUCAGAAAUAUUCGACGGACUGGUUGUCACCAGAGAGCAACACGAGGAUGGGAUAUGCAAGCAAAACCCUGAACGGAUGCAUGGUGUUGAUUUGGAUCGCCACGGUCCUGCUUUUAUCGGAGACCAGAAGAGUAAAGCAACCUAGAUGCCCCGCAUCUUGUACGUGCACCAAAGAUAAUGCACUGUGUGAAAAUAUAAGAUCGGUCCCUCACAGCUUUCCACCUGAUGUCGUUUCAUUAUCUUUUGUCAAGUCUGGAUUCACCGAAAUCACCGGAGGAAGCUUCUUACACACGCCUGCUCUACAGCUUCUUCUAUUCACUGCCAACACGUUUGACUCAAUUGAUGAGGAUGCGUUCCUGGGACUACCGCAUCUGGAGUACCUGUUUAUCGAAAACAACAAAAUUGCUUCAAUAUCACCAUAUGCAUUCCGGAGCCUAAAAGCACUGAUACACCUGAGCCUGGCCUAUAAUAACCUUGAGACAUUACCCAAAGAUGUUUUCAAGGGCAUGGAUGCUUUGGCUAAAGUAGAUCUGAGAGGGAACCACCUGGAAUGUGACUGCAAACUAAAGUGGCUAGUGGAGUGGAUGCGUACCACCAAUGCGACGGUUGACCAGAUCUCCUGCAGUGGGCCCCCGCUUUUCCAAGGGAAACUGAUCAAUGACCUUGUGCCCGGGUCAUUUGACUGCAUAACAGCAGAGUUUGCCUCUUAUCAGCCCCUGACGUUUGAAUCCAUUUCGGUGGAGUCCUUUACCUUUGGCAUGGACCAGUUUGUUGUGUUUGCCCAGCCCUUCACUGGUACAUGCAGCUUCCUGGAAUGGGAUCACGUUGAAACGGUUUUCAGAACCUAUGACAGCGUUCAAAGUACAUCCACUGUGGUAUGCAAACCCAUGGUGAUUGAUAAUCAGCUGUUCAUCAUUGUAGCCCAGCUCUUUGGUGGCUCUCACAUUUACAAGCGGGACAUCUCUGCCAACAAAUUCAUAAAAAUCCAGGACAUUGACAUCCUGAAAAUCAGGAAACCUAAUGACAUUGAGACUUUCCUUAUAGAUGGUGAGUCCUUCUUCGUGAUCGCAGACAGCUCCAAGGCCGGUUCUACCACAGUGUACAAAUGGAAUGGCAAUGGGUUCUACUCUCACCAGUCCCUCCAUGCCUGGUACCGUGACACAGACGUGGAGUACCUGGAGAUCUCUGGUAAGCCCCAUCUGAUCCUAGCCAGCAGUUCCCAGAGGCCUGUUGUCUACCAGUGGAGCAAGAGCCUGAAGAAGUUUGACCGGCGCACUGAUAUCCCCGAAAUGGAGGACGUGUUUGCGGUCAAGCACUUUAAGGUGAAGAGUGAACUUUUCAUCUGCCUGACGCGUUUCAUCGGGGACUCCAAGGUGAUGAGGUGGGACGGUUCCAUGUUCAAAGAGGUACAGACAAUGCCUUCGCGAGGCUCCAUGGUGUUCCAGCCCAUCUCCAUCGGCAACUGGCAGUACGCCAUCCUCGGCAGCGACUACUCCCUGACGCAGGUCUAUCAGUGGGACUUGAAGAGGGGCCAAUUUGUUUACUUCCAGGAUCUAAACAUACAGGCACCAAGGGCAUUCUCUCUGGUGUCCAUUGACAACAGAGAGUUUCUGCUGGCCUCCAGCUUCAAAGGGAAAACUCAGAUAUACGAGCACCUAAUGAUUGACCUGAGUAAUAAUUAAUUAAUGAAAACAAUUAAGGAGUGUGCAGUUGACAAGUGCAGUAGCACUGAACACUGUGGAGAGGAUGACUAUACUGCACCGCUAUUUGCAUGAUAUAGCCCACUAAUAAGAAAGAAUUCCUGAUGAAUGCCUUGCUAGAAACAUCUACUGUGUCCCUCUCUUUCACAGCACUCUUUCUUCUUUUUUUCCUCGUAGACAAAGCAAUUGUUGACAUACAGCAGCUAAGCCCUACACUACGGUAACUACGGUAAUUCCUGUGCUAUAAGAUAAACUUAAGAGGUAAAAUAAAGUAAAAAAGAAUUUUGCUUGUAAAGUACUCAUUAACAUUUAAUUGACAAUUUCCCGAAUAAAAUGUUUACGUUUUUACAAUGAUGAGUAAAUUAAUACAGCGUUUUUGUAUGUAGAGGGGACCACUCCAAUCAUGCUAUAUCUUUCAUAUGGAGCUAUAGUUUUAGAUUUUGAAAUUACAUUUUUAAUUGAACCUAAUCUAGGCCUAAAUCUGUGUAAUUGCAAUACUACAAAAAACACACAUGUAUUCUAAUCUGUAGUAAGAGUGUGUUUUGUUUUAAAUGUUGCUGUAUUUUAUGUAUAGUAGACUAGUAAUAAACCAAUUUCAUAAAAGCAUAAA